GUGCAAUAGAGCAAAAAAAUACAACAACAAAAUAAAUGGAGCUGCAAGUCAACAGGAUGUGAGCCGAAACCACAUCGGUGUCAGAAGCACUGCGCUCCUGUCUCAACACGUUGCAGUUGGCCUGCCGGUGUACAAGUGAGCGGCAGUAAAAGCAGCAGCAGCUGCUUUGACAGCUCAAACAAGAAGACGUUCAUCUCCAAGACAAGCGACCUUUUGUUUUGACCAUGCGCAGACGAAGCAACGUGCACUGUGAGGGUUCCUUCUGCUUUGUAGCACAGUGUGUCACAAUAGCGCGGCUCGUCAGAUGCGGGCCGAGUCAAUAAGGGUGGGCUGUGGUAAGAGGAACAGGAAGAGAGGAGACGAGUGAGAGAAGGUAGCAAGGAAGCCAGGCAGAAAGGACGAGAGCGCAUCAGGUCGGCACGUGAAACUCUUCAUUGCUGCUUUUUCUUCUUCUUCUUCUCCUCCAGAAAAGAUAUUGUCAAGUGGCAAGCCAACAAUGCUGUGCUGCGUCUGUGGAUGAUGCUUUGAGAGAGACAACGUGUAAGAAAUAAAGGGAGAUUAACGGGCCGCACGGAGACCACGGUUGAAAUGUCUGGAGAGGGGCCGCUGGAGCGCCUCGUCAUCAUUGAGCAGGGAGACGCGGCCGAGAGUGUCGCUGAACGGCGGCCAGUGAGCAGUUCCCUUGCUCCGAAAAGGGAAGAGGAACACGCAGGACAGGGCAAGAGAGCCGGAGACAUGACGAGAAAGAAAAUGUGUUCAGAAGACGACCAGACGGGAGAGGUUGUCGUGACCGAAGAGGACGUCCCGGGGGAGACUGAGAACGAUGGACACAACAGAGGUGACAGCGAGAGUGGAGGGCGGACGGCAGCGACGGCGAGCGUCACUACCACGCGAGAGAAAGCCGGUGACACAGGGGGCGAGAAGGCCACACAAAAAGACCCUCAAGUGGACAUUGGGAGGUUAAACUCCUCUGAGCGACGCUCAGACGGGACCCAAAGCCAAGAAGAGGAUCCCAAAAAGGCUCACCGGUUAACCGCUGACUUCCCGGAGGCCCUGUACGAGCUGCUCUGCACCCUUCAGGAGGGGAGACGGCUCAAUGACCAGCGCUGCUCCUUCCAGCUGGAGGGGGGGGUGAGGAGGAGGAGGUGCCACUCUGAGCCCAACACCUCCAAGCCCGCCAACAGAGUCGUGUUUUCCUCCAUGACUUCCCUGCAGAAAGAGGAGUUUUUCGAGCUGGUGGCCACGGCUCAGGCUCGCCGGCUGGAUGACCAGAGGGCGCAGCUCGAAAAGUCUCAACCCCCGAAACCGAAGUCCAGAGGUUUCCGAGGCAGCUUAAAGCAACUCUCUUUUGUGAAAAGGCCCGCGGUGCCCGUCCCCGUGCCCAAGGAAGAUCUGUACAAUAUGAUUCUCACGACACAAGCCCAGGGCAGACUGGAGGACCAGCGCAGCAGGGCUCCUGGUCCCAUGGACGAUGAGGACUUCUUCUCCCUGCUCCUGAGGGUCCAGGGGGGACGCAUGGACGAGCAGAGGACUGAACUACCGGGCAUGCUGCAGACCUGAGGGGGGAAAAACACGUGGGGCUACAGUGGGAGCCAUUCAGUAUUGUAGCCUUUUUAGUCUAGUUUCUGUUCAAACAAUGUGUUGUUGUUGUUGUUGUUGUUGUCCAUGGUGAUGCUUUGUUUCGGGGGAAUUGUUCUCCCUCUUCAUAGUGUCGGUCAGUGCAAAAAAACCGCUCACGUUUGAGCAACAGAGCUUUUAAUGCAACUUGCGAGAUUGUUAAGUUUACUGCCAGUUAGUCUUUUUCUUUCCUUGCGAAUAGGAUGAGCGGACAUGCUUUCUUAUUUUAUUGAGUGCAUGUGACGAGUGCUUCAAUGAUUUUGUGCAAGUUCCCGGGUCUUAAUGUGGAGGAGGCCGUCUGCUGAUCUCUAUUGUGUCUCCUUGGUUUGUACAGAGGACAUUAAACACACCACGGACGGUGCCAAGGCCGCACAGUGCUCGACUGAGAAUGGAUGAUUCUCCUCUGGAAAAUAAACAAAAUGUAUAUCUGA